AAGCACGCCAACGGAGCAAUCUCAAACACAAUAUGCAAACAUGUCUGCAGCUACCGAAAAGCGUCGAGUCUCUUCCAUUCUCAAGUCACAGUCACCCCCGAAUGGGAAUGGUACACCGUCCCGAAACAAGGUACGAUUUGUGGAGUUGUCAAUCGAAUCGGCACUGCAGGAAGUGUUGGAUCAUAACCGGUUAACGGGGUACGAGGAACUUUUGGAGAAGCUGCGAGAAGAUGACCCAGUGGAUGAUAAGUUUAAAGAAAUUUUCCUACAAGCUAAGCAAGCCGUUCCUUUGAUGAAGCCCCACUUUGGCAAGUUGGUCGAGCAGUUGCUUUCCUUGCGCUGGUUAAACCGCUCCUUAGAGGCCCAGGAGGCCUACAAACAGUUCGUGCUGGAGCUGUCAAUCGUGCAAAAAAACUACUGCACAAUGACCAUAGCCAAGCUAGUGAAGCUGUUCAUCCCCGACAAAGCACUGCCGGGAGGAGGCGUCGGUGGCAGCAGCAGUACAGCAAUUGAAGAUCAUCAACGCCAAAUGGGAUCUCUGCAUGAUCUGAUAAUGAGACUGAAAAAUGUGAUACCGAUGAUCUUCGACGUGGUGCUGACGCAGCUACGGAAGAGCUUCCCGUACUACAAGCGACCGUCCAGCGAGGUGGUCGGCUAUCUGUACAAUGUGCUGCGCAUGACCGAGUACGCGUCGAUCUACUGUGAUGAGCUGCUGGAUAUUGUGUUCUACCAUCUGCUACAGCUGGACGUGAACGUGCCACGUAGCGUCAUCGAAGAAGCGGAAUAUCCGGACGAGGAAAUGAUGUUCGAGAUGACGGAAACGGGCGGCGGUGAGGAGCCGAAUGCAGAGGAUAGCGAUACGAUGAAACAUCCGGUUGCCGAAACGCUGGACCAGUACAUGGAGAUCGUGUUUAACUACAUUGAGCAGACGGUAAAAGUGGACGGGCAAGGCGACCGUUUGUUUAAGAUCAUACUGAAUCAGUUCGAAACACACAUCCUGCCGACCCACAACACGGAUCAUGCCCAGUUCGUCAUGUUUUACAUCUGCAGCUUUAAGCUUACGUACGCCGAACAUUUUAUCAGUUCGCUUUGGAAGAAUGUGAACAAUCUGAACAAAUCGCCCGCCGUGCGACAGACGUCGGUCGGGUAUAUAGCGAGCAUGCUGGCUCGAGCCAAAUUCGUUCCACUAAACUACCUUAAAUCGAUGCUGCUGGAAAUGUCGCACUGGGUGCACAACUACAUCCAGCGGAGCGAUUCGAUGCUUCACAAUCAAUCACUCAAGGCACAUCUCCUAUUUUACUCCGUAUGUCAAGCCAUCUUCUACGUGGUAGCGUUCCGCGCCAAUCAUCUUACAGCAAGCUCCAAGAAUCUAGCCUUUCUGCAAUCACUUCAACUUUCAUCGAUCGUCACCUGUCAGCUGAAUCCGUUGCGUGUCUGUUUGCCGACGGUAGCGACAGCAUUCGCCGGCAUAACCCGGGCGUACCAGCUCGCUUACUGUCACACCAUUUUGGAGCGUAAUGCACGGCGCAAGUUGGCCACCGUGUACAAGAACAGUACACAGCUGCCGGAAGACUGUUUGGAUACGUUCUUUCCGUUCGAUCCGUACAUGCUGCUAAAGUCCGGCAAGCGCAUCGAACCGUUCUAUCUCCAGUAUCAAGCGCAUGAGAUUGAUGAGGAGUCGGGCGAGACGAGCAUCAGCAGGGGUCGCAAACGGUACGAAUCGAUCUCGGAGGAUGUGGACGAUUUCAUACCGGAAAGUAAGCGUCACAAGCAUCCCAACAAUGGGCAUGGUGUGGAUGUUGUUGGUGGAGAAUUUUCGUUUUCGUAUGGCGUUUCGCCCGGGUUUCAUAGCUGA